AUGGACCACAACCACGGCAACAGCCGGUUCCAGCCCGGUAACAAGGACCUCGCCCGCCGAUACUGGUACAUCAUUGCCGGGUUUGUCGGCGGGUUUGCUGUGUGUCGCAUCAUCAACUUAUACAAGGCGCUCGUCCGCCUACGACGCAAAGCCACAGCCUCAGUCCAAUUUCCGACAAGACCAAGCAACUUAUUUUUAUCAACCUGGGCCACGGCAACAGCCAUCACACGCGAAGCUUCCUACCCCCAACUCUACAUCCCCCUCCGUCCGCUGUCAUGGCUCACACCUCCCCCCCUAGGGAGGUUCAUCACCCUCCUAGUUUACUGGAUCAUCAUUAUCACUUUCAUGACCGACGGCGCGAUCGUGAAUGACAUUUACCGCCGUGAACGCCUUGGUUUUCGCAACGCCUGGAUCACGAUCACGCAGCUCCCGUUGGUGUAUUUGCUCGCGGGGAAGUGUAAUGUUAUUGGGUACUUGGUCGGGUCGAGUUAUGAGCGGUUAAACUGGUUGCAUCGCUGGGUCGCGAGGACGAUGUUGGUUGCGGCGACAGUGCAUGGGUGGAUGUUUUUUGCGGAUUGGGCGAGGUAUGAUUUUGUGAAGGAACAAAUCAAGAUGAUGCCAAUGGUGAAGUAUGGGUUUGGGGCGUGGGCGGUGUUGGUUUGGAGCUGUCUUGUGGGGAUGGCGCCCGUACGAAGGUUGGGGUAUGAGGUUUUUGUUUUUCAGCAUAUCGUCAGCGCGGCGUUGUUCCUCUGGCUGUUGUAUGUCCAUGUGCCGGCGGCGGCGAGAUACAACAUCUGGUUUGCCAUCGCGGCAUGGGGAUUUGAUCGUGUCUGUCGGUUCACACUACUCAUCUGGCAGAACGUGAAGCUUAACCCCGACAGAUCGAACUGUGCCGGAGGCCAACGUAUUGGUCAUCAGGCACAGCUGAGAGCCAUCGGCGAGUCAAUCACCGUCGUGACGAUUAAGGACGUGCAUUUUCGCUGGCGGGCGGGGCAGCACCUCUACCUCUGGAUCCCUCGGAUUGGUCCGCUCGAGGCACAUCCAUACACAAUCGCCUGCGCGCAUAAGGUGCCCGAGACCUGUAUAUGCAAUAGUAUUCAACUUGUCGUGCGCAAACAUGGGGGAUUCUCGAAGAGGUUGCAUGAGUACGCGGUGAAGUUGCGGGAGAAGGGCAAAGGGAAGGGCACUUUAACGGCUUUCGUCUCCGGACCGUAUGGCAACCCACCAAGAUGGGAUAUCUACGAGACUGUGGUGCUCAUUUCUGCAUCGACGGGGGCGUCGUUUACGUUGCCUAUCUUAGAGAGCGUUCUCAAGAGUGGGGAGACUAACUGUGUGAAGAGGGUGGAUUUUUUGCUGGUUGCCAGACAGGGCGAGGAGAUUGGGUUUUAUGUUGGGCGAUUGAGGGAGUUGGUUACUCUGGCGAGAUGCACGGGAGUUGAACUCAAUGUGCAGGUUGCGGUGACGAGGGAAGGGCUGGAGAAGUUAGAGGAGCCGGAGAGUGGGAAGGGACAGGGAGAUGGGGAGCCAUCGGCUUCGUCGUCGGGUAGUGAUCUUGGGCAGCAUGGCGAUAAGAGGGCGUCUGGGGAUGAGGAACGAGUAGGGCAGAGGGAGAUGAGGAGGAGGAUGAGUGAAGGGGAGACAGAGGAGGUUAUCGCGUAUUUUUCAUCUAGGCCUGAUAUCGCGGCGUUGAUACGGGCUGCGGUCGAGGCGACGGGUGGUGAGACCAGUGUGGUGGCGUGCGGUGGGCCAUCGUUGACGUCGAGGGUUAGGAAUUGUAUUGCAUCGUUGUCGGAUGAGAGGGCGGUUCAUAAGGGGACGGGGGCUCAGGGGAUACAUUGCUUUGUUGAGGAGUACAAUUUUUAA